UUGUCUGAAGUGAUCAUGUCUCUCAGCACCAACAAGCAGGCCAUCGUACAGGUGACCACCUCUCUCCAGAUCCUAGCUGUGCUAAUUCUCCUGCAACUGGAUAUGGCAAGCAGCAGUGUUUCUAAGUCAAAUGUGAAGAGUAAAAGGGAUUUAAUCCAAUCAAUUUUGGGGAGGGCUUCAUAUCCGUCUGCUUCGGUAAGGUCAAGGUUGAAAAUGAUGGAAGUCUUCAGGAAAGACGGUGUGGUUCCCGAUGUUGUUGAUGCCCCACCUCUUAAACAACUACGAAUUUCUUAUGGAACCAGAAUAGUGGAGCCUGGAAUGGUUCUGACACCAACAGAUGUUAAGGAUUUGCCAGUUAUUACGUAUGAUGCAGAGCCGGAUGCAUUCUACACUCUCAUUAUGAAUGACCCUGAUGCUCCAAGUAGGGCUGACCCCAAGUAUGGGGAGUGGCAUCACUGGCUGGUUGUCAACAUCCCUGGGGGGAGACUCUCUGAUGGAGAGACGAUGGCCGAGUAUGUCGGAGCUGGCCCACCCCCUGAAACAGGUCUUCACAGAUAUGUGUUCUUGCUUUACAAACAGCCAUUUGGGAAAAAGGAUUUCGGCCUCAAGAAGUUGACUAAUCGAAGUCAAGAAGGUCGGGCCAAGCAUUCGAUCCGUGACUUUCUGAAGAAUAGUGGCUUGUCUGAGCUUGUGGCAGGAAACUUCUUCCUUGCUGAAUACGAUGACUAUGUGCCUGAACUAUACAAGCAACUCAGUGGAUGAAUGUCAGAAUCUGCCUGUGUGUCACAUUAGAAGUAGACCAAUAGCUAGAGUUUAAGAUCAGAGGGUCCCAGAAAAAAAAAUGUCUUCAAUUUGUUGAUAUUACUUUUAUCCUGAAAAUGGUCAUACAAAAUAAGGCUAGCAAUUUCAUUAAUGUUUUACAUGUACCCUAUAUCAAAUGAUUACUCUGACAGUAAAUACUGAUUGGUCUAUAAUCAAAUGAGGUUACCAUCAAAUGAGGUAUGCAUCGGGUCAGUACACAUACUAUUGGUAUGAUGUUACACACUGGAAAGAGAGGAGGUUAGGAAUGUUUUACUUUAUGUUUGAAAACAAAGGAUUUUCUUUACAAUUUCUUUCUUUGAUAACAUUAAUGGUAUUGAGAAUACUCGGUUCCAGGAACGAAACACCUGAUUAUUACUGACAUAUGUUUAUUGGUUAUUUAUUUUUGGUUAUUUAUGUGAUGAAUGUGAUUAUAAAUACAAUUGUUCAGAUACCUGUUGUGAAAUCCACGGCUGACCGUCUUGGUCAGUGCACCUUGUUUGCUUCAGUAUUACCGGCGUACAAUGCAUCAAUGUAUUCAUGUAUUGAAUGUCAAAAUAUAUGUUUUUCUUCAACUC